AAUCACAUGCGCCACCGCCGCGCCGGGCACUUGACAAACCCUGAACUCGCGCGCUCGAAAAUCAGAAUAGUCGCGAAAUUUUCGUCGGCGGCUGACGAACGGCAAGUAACACGCACACCUUUGUAUUUUCGACACGGAAACGGCCUAUGACUCAAAAAAUAGAACGUUGUAUACAUACAAACGCGAGAUUCGUGCCUAUAAAAAUACAACUUGUUAACCGGGCGGAAUUCUAAGGUUAAAAUCGAGAGCCAAUCUAGAAUAUAGGACCAAAUUUUAAGCCCCUACCGGUACAACCCUUAUAGAAUGAUAUUGGACACUUGUAUGCAUUAAAAUGGAGCUCACCGUUGAAGAUAUUAUGUCAGAUCAAGGCAUAAUUUCCUCCGAAAUUAACAUUACUAUGGACAGUGGUAAUGAUGGAUACUGGGUUAUUCCAUACAAAAAAUUAUGGUUGCACAACGUACUGCACAGCCUAAGGAACCAGCUAGUGCCGGCGCUAACAGCUUUCUUGGUUAACAGCGUGGCGCGACCCCUGGCCCCCCUUCAAGCCAUUCCGCUCAGCUUUCCGGUGAGGCUGGAAUAUAUCCGAGCUAGGCGACGAUCCAGAGCGCAGCUGGCUCUAAUGAAUGUACCCGAGACUGACCGAAUUGAGGAGUGCCAGGAUGCGGAGACGAGUGACAACGACCGGCCGGAGAAAUGCGUCAAUUGCACAAUACUGCACCAGCCCGAGGGUGAACCAUCCGCGGAUAUAAUUUUUGUACACGGAUUACACGGAGGAGUUGACAGAACAUGGACUCAAGGUACCUGGAGAUUGAACAACCACAAACUAAAGGACCAAACGCCCGUCCGGCGACGGUCAACGGGCAACAUGUACGUGCCCGUCAAGGACGACAACGGCACCCAAGAAGGUACCUUAAAACGAACACUAUCGAAAAUAUAUUCAAAAGUACCCAUAAAAGUAGCUAGGAAAAAUGGGAAGGACUACGACCAAACGGACCGGCGUAAAGAAAUGGAAGAAGUGGAUAAAGAGGUCAUGGAGAAUUUCAGUCAAUGCUGGCCACGGGACUGGUUACCACAAGACUGUCCUGGCGUCAGGGUGGUCGCCAUCAACUAUACCACGGACAUGUUGUGGAGGCCUAUGUGGCAGAAAAUGAAAACCAGGUCAGACUUGAGGGAGAGAAGCAAAGAAAUGAUAGAAGAAUUAGUACGGGUAGGAGUAGGCAGAAGACCUAUUGUAUGGGUUGGUCACUCAAAGGGCGGCUUAUUUAUUAAACAAAUUAUUUUAAAUGCGACAAGCGGUGACGAUGAAUUUCAGCAUAUUGAAGAUUUCUUUAAUCAAACAAAAGCGAUUAUGUUCUACAGUGUACCACACAAAGGAUCACCUAUAGCUGAUAUGAUUUUCCCGUUCUUUAAAAGAAGCAUAGAGUUACUUGAAGUUCAAAGAAAUUGUAAAUUUGUACUAGAUUUGCAUCAAAGAUUCUUGGAAAUAUUCAACAAUGACAAUAAUAACAAACCAGAAAUAUUCAGUUUUAUCGAUACCGAAAAUACACCUGUGGCAUUUACUUCUUUGAAAUUUAUCGCAUACGAAUCAGCAGAUCCUGACAUCGGUACCAAAUGUGAUGUUCCAUUGAACCAUCGAGAAAUAUGCAAACCAGCUGGCCGGGAUUGCUUUUUAUAUUUAGAAUUAGUGAAAUUAAUAAAUAGAUCAAUUUUCAAUAAAAAUAAAUGAAACAACAUUUUA